AUGGCUGAACGAGACGCCGCCAUCCAAGAACGCAACCUCGCGCUCGACGAACGAAAACGCGCGUUCGCGGAACGCGACAUGGCGAUGCUACAACGCGACGCCGCCCUAGCGGAACGCAACUCCGCCAUGCAACAGCGCGACGAAGCAAUCGCCACCCUUCGUUUCCAAGGCACCAACAAUAACAACAACAACAACAACAACAACAACAACAACAACCACUUCAUAAUCUCAACACUCCCCGAAAACACACCAACCCAAGGGCAAAACCGUAAUUUCACCAACCAAGAAAUCCACCACAUGUUCGAAAUCCCCAACGACAACACAUAUCAAGUCCAAGUCCAAGUCCAAUCCACCACAAAAUCAAAAUCGAAAUCGCCAAGGGUUCGAAGACGAAGGGGCGAAAGUGUAAAAUUCACCAAUCAAGAAAUCCAUCACAUGCUUGAAAUCGGGGAAGAUACGUACGAAGUCGAACCUCAAUCCUACAAAACGAAGGGAGUGAAAUCGCCAAUGAUCGGAAGACGAAGGGGUGAAAGUGUAAAAUUGAAGGUUGAAGAAUGGAAAGAUGAAUCGGAAUUGAAUCAAGUGAGUUUUGAUGAAUUGACAAUGCCGGUUCCGGUGUGUUCGUGUACGGGGGUCCCACAGCCUUGUUAUAGGUGGGGGAGUGGCGGGUGGCAGUCGGCUUGCUGUACAACCACCAUGUCAAUGUAUCCUUUACCGCAAGUUUCAAAUAAGAAGUAUUCGAGAGUUGGUGGGAGAAAAAUGAGUGGAGGGGCUUUUAGUAAAUUGCUUACUCGACUUUCUUCGGAAGGUUAUGACCUUUCUACCCCUCUUGAUUUGAAGGAACAUUGGGCUAAACAUGGGACUAAUCGUUACAGCACGGUGAAAUAG